AUGCACUUCCAUUUUCGCGUAUCCACAACCGCCGUUCACGAACUUCUGUUCGCCGACGACGGCGCCCUCAACACCACCUCGGAAGGGGACAUGCAAAGGAGCAUGGACCUCUUCGCCACCGCCUGCGAGAACUUCGGUCUGAUCAUCAAUACGGAGAAGAAGGUUGUCAUGCACCAACCGCCACUCAAUACAGCCCACAAUGCGCCGCAAAUCAGCUUAAACGGAACCCAACUGCAAAUGGUGGACAACUUCACCUCUCUGGGCAGCACCCUCCUCCACAGCACAAAAUCAACGACGAAGUUGCCCGCCGCAUUUCCAAAGCCAUCCAAGCCUUCGGCCGUCUACAGGACACCGUCUGGAACUGUCACGGUCUCCAUCUCAAAACAAAGCUGGAGAUGUACAAGGCAGUUAUCCUGCCAACGCUGCUGAAUGGAGCGGAGACCUGGACAGUCUACAAGAAGCGGGCGCGGAGACUCAAUCAUUCCCACUUCAGUUGUCUUCGCCGAAUACUGAAGCUGAGGUGACAGGACCGGAUCCCAGACACGGACAUACUGCAGCGGACGGGAAUCCUCAGCACCCAUGCUAUGCUGAGACAACUACAACUACGCUGGAACGGCCACCUCGUAGGGAUGGACGAUGAAAGGCUACCCAAACGACUCCUUUAUGGAAAUUUCGCGACGGGUUCGCGCAGAAAAAGAGGUCAAGUCCGGCGCUAUAAGGAUACCAUGAAGACCUCCCAAAACGCCUGCAGGUCAGCCCGGCAAACUGGGAAGACCUCGCUUUUGACCGACCUACGUGAAGAAGAACAGUGACGACUGGCGCAGCAAUCUUCGAAGCCAACCGCAUCACCGUCACCAAAGCCAAACGCGAGACGCGCAAAUCUCAAUUGUCGCCGCCGACGUCGCCUCACAACGCCAACGCCCAAACAACUCUAACGUGCCCAUGAUGUCAAGGGAUAUUCCGGGCACCAACUGGACAUGUUGCACACCUUCGGACCAAAUGCAGCAUCCGGACUGCACCAACCGACGUCUCUCCGUCCACCUCUCCCCCGCCUCUCACGCCAUCAGUUAACCCUCGCAAACCACUACUACCAUCCUCCUCCUCCACUGCCUCAACGUCUGCCGUUGUGGCCUCUGCCAUGACCAUCAACGAUCCUGACGAACCACCAAACAAUAACACCGCCACCGUCAACACCAGCGACGAGGAGCGGGUCUAUACCUGUCCACACUGCGAUCGCACUUUCACCUCACACGUCGGCCUGGUCGGCCACUUGCGAAUCCAUCGCACGGAGACGGGCGAACCAGUGCCCGGAGCACCAACCUACACUCGCCACAUCCGCCUCCACUGUCCACUCUGCACUCGCACAUUUAUUCGCCGCAUGGGUUAG